AUGGGUGUCAAGGACCUCGUGGGCUGGAUCUCAAAACACCAUCCCGAGAUCAUUACCAUCCUUCCCUCGAGGUGGGACACGCCUAGUAUACGGGGUAAACGGAUAGCCCUUGACGCAACGUUGAUCACGAACCGCUUCCACAUUGCCGAUCGGCAGGGAAGGUACAAUGGCAAAGCCGCACUUCUCGGAUGGCACGGACUUCUGGCCGAUAUGAAGCGCAGCGGUAUCCAGCCGAUAGCAGUCUGGGACGAACGCGGGGUGCGAGAGUGGAAAGCGCCAGAGGCCCGCAAACGGCAAGCCAGUCGGGCAAGAGUACUCGCACGCAAGCUUCACGAAGAUAGACGUGCGAUACGCUUAUCGAGACUGCGUGAUGAGUUGCAGUACACACAUCUGUUCCUUGAGCCAGUGUCGCAAAUCUGGGGGAAGACCCUUCUCGCACCGACGCCGCCCAUUCUACACGACCAACAACGCAAUGCGUUCGCGGCGCCCCUCGACCUCGCCAAUGACGAUGUUGUCACGAACAUCCUCUAUGUGUCGUUGUUUGCAUCACACACCGCAUCUCUGCGGAGGCUGUACGAGGAAUGCGUGGACGAGAUGACACGUGCGUCCCGAGGAUCGCCGGAGGAAGACACCGAAGAACCCGAACCACUUGCUUCCGACGGAGAAGAAGUAGCCUCGGAUGCUGUUCCGGCUGUCGAGGAAGCAGAAACAGUCGCUGCUACAGAACAGCAGCCCGUUGCGUCGUCCUCAAUUGCCGCCGACAUCGAAACGGCCGACGAAGCUGAGGACCGCGCUCUGUCUGCAGCCGAGGACGCAGCAACGGCGACGGAGGAAGAUGAAUCCGGCGAUAUCCUCGAGGACGCCGUGAUCGAGGACGACAGCCCAGGUGGCGAGCCUGAGACCGCCGAUCUCGAUGCGACGGACCGACGACUGUUGUCCAUCGAGCCAUCUACAGAGUAUGUCGAGACGCCAAGGCAGGAGGCCCUAUCGCUCGAUGAGCUGGAACUAUACAGCUUGCUCUUCGACUCGGGUGACGCACCAAUCAGCCCAGGCGACGCCGUGGAUCUGGCUCGCCAGGUGCUCGACAGCAUGAUCAAGCGAGCGGCGACUGUGCGCGAGACUUAUGUCGGCUCACUCAAUGUGCCCCAGGAGAAGGACCAUGCUGCGUGUCGUGAGCUCUUGCGCGUCAUGGGCGUGCCCAUCGUCAUCGCCAACAUUCCAUACGAGGCAGAAGGUCUCGCAUCAGCCCUCGUUCAGCGAGGGCAGGCCGAUUUCGUUGGCAGCGAGGACUCAGACGUCGUGGUCUACGGAGUCCCUCUUCUGCGCAAUCUGGCCAACUCGGGCCAACCGCUCUCGCACAUCGACUCGGCGGGCCUGCGGACAAAGCUAGGCUGGUCCUUCGAGCGCUUCCUCGACUUCUGCGUGUUGCUGGGCACAGACGCCUCGCCCCGGAUCGCGAAAGUCGGUCCCGCGGCCGCCUUCCGCUUCAUGCAGGCGUACGACAGCAUCGAGGAGAUGCUCGAGGGCGAGCCCGAGGUCGCGGACCGCGUCGAGACGGGAACGUAUCUCCCCAUGGUCUUCAAUGCGCGCACGCUGUUCACGGACCUGCCGCCCGAGGAAGAUGUGACGGCAGGACCGCUGACGUACGACGAUCUCACGGUCAAGAAGUGGAUGUGGAAGCACUGGCGGAUCUGGCCGCGCAGCCGGGGCGAGAGCCAGGACGCGGACACGGAUACGGACGUGAGGCUCGUCCAGGAGAGACAGAGCGUGCCCAUCGAACUGCUCGAAGUUGAGAUUGACGAGAUCCUUGAUCGAGAGCUGUGGGGCCAGCUCGCGCCGCAGGACCCGCCUUCAGCCCCGCCCAUGGCGUUUACGGAGGAAGAGCUCGAGUACGAGAUCGCGUGCGAGGCACUGCGUUUCGAGAACGUCAUGACGUACCACCAACACAACCCCUAG